AUGCGCAACAAAGUACCCCCGGGCUCGUCCUCUCCUCGUCCUCACGUGCAGGUGAAUAACUACGGGCGAAUUAACUCGCCCAACGAUGACAUCCGUGUAGCCAUGGCGAAGAACGCGAGCACGGCGGGAAGUCCUACCGCGGCCUCCGGUGCGAGCUGUGACGGGGACGACGGAGAAGAAGCGAACGGCGACGACGCCGAGGAGGAUUGGCCGGAGAACGGCCACGACGACAGCGCUUCGGGCGACGAAUUAGGUCCUGCCGACAUCGAGGAGGACGAAUGGUGGAAUCGGCCGGUCGGGAGCGACGACGAGGUGGAAGAGUGGCGGGCUGGAGAUUUGGACAAUGACGGAGGUGAAAAUGCGAAUGGUGACAACGCGGAGGCAGCGGCGGAUGCACAGGAAGCGGCGAUGGAUGCGAAUGAGGAGGCUGAAGACGGCGCGGCCGAGGCUGACCGCAUGAUCGAGCCUAGGGAGACGGCUAGGCAUGCCUGGCGAGUGCCAGACCUAGGUGUAGAGCCUGUUGUUAGCGCAGGCGAGGAGGCGGUGUCUGAGGGGGACACCCCUUGUUUGUAA